UGCAUUUACUACAAGUUCGCUGGUCUGACAACACGUGAAACAUGCUCCAUUUUUGGGACAUUGUCUUCGCUUUAGCUAGCUUUAGCUGUGUCAACUGUUUGUCAUGCCUGCACUGCACGGAUAUCCAGAAUCCCCGCCACUGUAAAUAUGUCACGGCUUGCCAAUUAGGGGAGGUUUGUCAUAUUCACCAGAAAACAAACGUCUUUGGAGAUGUGCUGUUUGACCUUGGUUGUAUACGCGCAUCGGCGUGUUCAAACCGUUCUCAUGAGAACAACGCGUGUGACGAAUGCUGCAAUACAGACUUAUGCAAUUCGGCUGGAUGUGGACAUCCCGGAUAUCCACAAAAUCGCGGUCCAAUAUGCUACAGUUGUUCAUCUCAAACCACCGAACGAAACUGUCAUAAAAUUGACUUUUGUGGAAGCCACGAGGUAUGCACGAUAGACGCAGAACGCGAGUUUGGAGACACUGUUUACACAUCUCAGUGCGCCGUUUCGGCGUAUUGUGAAGAGCACAAGACGGAUGUUGCAGCAAUUAUCGGCAGGUCUGUGUUGGAUGAUACGAGGUCAAUAACGGAAACCACUUGCCGCCGAUGUUGCGAUCAAGAUCUUUGCAACAGUUAUUGUGAACCGUUUAAAGACUGCCAGGAUGUAAAAAGAUUCACCACCACCAGCGGUGCGUACACAGUCAGACCAGAAGGGACUAAUGAAAACAUUGAAGUGUACUGUGACAUGACAACAGACGGAGGGGGAUGGACGGUCUUUCAGCGUCGUGUAAAUGGAUCUGUGGAUUUCUAUCAGAAUUUCUCUUCCUACGAAAACGGCUUUGGAAGCGUUCGUGGAGAAUACUGGCUUGGUUUGAAGUACAUACAUGCUUUAACAUCCAACGGCAAAUCAGAACUGCGGAUCGACUUGAUGGCAGCUACUGGAUCCAUGGUUUAUGAAGUGUUUUCUAACUUUCACGUGUCGUCAUCACCUAAUUACACGAUGAAUGCUGGCGAUGGUCACGGAACUGCUGGCGACGCGCUAUGGAUGGUCAGAAGAAAUCCAUUUUCAACGUAUGACCACGAAAACAACAACCAUGACUGUGCUGUGCAUGGCCACGGAGGCUGGUGGUACGACUAUUGUACAUCGGCUAAUCUAAAUGGAUUUUACCUACCGCCUGGAACAGAAACUUGCAUCAGUUGUACUGGUAUUUUUUACGUUGGAUUUAUGCAAGAUCCGGUCCAUUCAUCGAAACAUCUAGCGUUGAAAGAGACAAAAAUGAUGUUAAGAAGAAUAUAAUGUGAACCGGUAUUUACUGCGUGUAACGUAAAGAAUAUUUGAUCUUACAUCUUACCAUGUAUUACAUACAACCGUCUAGUGUUAAAUUGGUAUAUAAAUAGUCACUUUUGGUAUUAGAGUGCAUGACAGUCCACGAUAGACAACCGACCAGGCAUGCCACACUUACUUGCUCGUUGUGAGCAAGGCCGUUAGUCCUUGCUUUGAGGUUGUAAAGAUCUUGUACAUUACGAAUAUUGGGAAGCGCUUGUGUUAAAAAUGUAUCAACAAAAGUAAAUCGCAAUCGAAACUGAAAUUGACCUGUCUACGUUUAUUGUGUAUCAAUGAUUACGUGACACUGCGGUUUUGUACAAAACAUUUUACGAUAUGUUUGUAAGACAAUAAAACUUUACCGGUUAACUUAUGUAAUAAAUCAGUUGCAAAUCUUUUAGAAGUAAAGUAGAAAUUCAAUAUUUUGUGUACACUUGAUGAUCAUAAUAAAAGUGAAGUUUUGUAUUGUU